AUGCGCGUUGUAGACUCGUCGGACGGCGAGAUGUUCGACGCGGGAACACCGUUCAGUGCCGAAUACUCCGACACCGGAAGCAUCGGCGAGCCUGGGGAGGCAGUUGAAGGACUGCAUAUACCAGAUCAGCCCGCCAUAACGACGGAACUCGAGCAGAAGAUCCAGCAACUACGCACCGAGAAGCUCGAGCUCGAGUGGCAGCUACGCCACGAACGAGAACAACGCGAGCUCAGGGACGAGCGCCGCCGCCAAAUCGCGGAAGCACGCCGACAACCGUCGACGGAUAGUAGUCCGCACAGCAGCCGGGAACAAGCGGACGAUGAAGUCAGCCCUCAAGCGCUCAUCGACCGUCCGCUCGUACCCGUAGAGCCGGAUGCCGACGCCAGCACGGACGUCGGUUCCGAAUCCUGA